AUGCCUCCUGCAGAACAGAAAAAAAGACCUACGAUGGCAGUCACUUUGAUUGCUGGUGGAGGAGCGGGUCUCUGUGAGGCGCUCGCAUGCCACCCGCUGGAUACCAUCAAGGUGCGGAUGCAGCUGUCUCGGCGUAACCGUGCUCCAGGAGUAAAACGGAAAGGAUUCUUUGCUGUUGGGAAGGAUAUUGUCAAGAAGGAAACACCAUUAGGUCUUUACAAAGGUCUUGGAGCCGUUGUUACAGGAAUUGUGCCUAAAAUGGCCAUCCGGUUCUCGAGUUUCGAGUUCUACAAAAGUUUGGCCAAGAUUAAUCCCGAUACUGGCGCUAUAUCGGCGAAGGCUGUGUUUCUCUCCGGUCUCAUGGCAGGAGCAACGGAAGCCGUCGCCGUCGUAACCCCCAUGGAAGUUGUUAAGAUCCGAUUACAAGCGCAACAUCACUCCAUGGCAGACCCUCUUGAUGUUCCAAAGUAUCGUAAUGCUGCACAUGCCGCUUACACUGUUGUCCGCGAGGAAGGGUUUCUCACACUUUACCGUGGAGUUACACUUACUGCAGUUAGGCAGGCAACUAAUCAGGCCGUGAACUUUACGGCCUACACAUACAUGAAGAAAUUUGCACAGGAAUUUCAACCAGACCUGAAAGAGCUGCCCAGUUACCAACAUCUGGUAUUGGGUCUCAUUUCCGGAGCUAUGGGACCUCUAUCGAAUGCGCCAAUUGAUACCAUUAAGACCCGUCUUCAGCGGUCGACAGCCAUUCCGGGCGAGAGCGCGGCAUCAAGAAUUAUCGCCAUUUCGAAAGACAUGUUCAAACAUGAAGGAUUCCGGGCGUUUUACCAGGGAAUUACUCCUAGAAUCAUGCGGGUGGCCCCAGGACAGGCUGUGACAUUUAUGGUCUACGAGUUCAUUCGUGGCCAUAUUGAGAGAUGGCAGGCCCCCAAAGAGCAUGAGUAUUCGGAAUAA